UGAGCAGAUUCAACAUUAUUAUUACAUGACACCACAUUAGUAUGUAGCUAGGAGCAGGUGCAUGUAACACAUUAUCUCCUCUUGUGGAUGAACAUUUAAAAAUAUUAAAUACACAUCAUAUAUAUCUAAAAUUUGUUUGGUAUAUAUGUCGGUUGAUAUAGAGAGCUAAGCUAAGGUAGCUUAUUGUGAGUGCAAUAAUUUAGCACUAGCAUUUGCCUAAUCAUUGUUGUAGCCCUAAAAAUCCGUAUUUAGUGAGUGAUAAGCUCUUUUGUUUUGUACCAUUUGCACAAUUGAUCGACCCACCGACCCCAACUCUUACAUUCUCCACUAAUCAUUAUCAUCAUCUCCCUCUUCUUCAAUGCAUGAUCUAGCUAGCUAGCUAGGGUUUUUCUGUCACAAAAUUGGUUUCUCGCGAUCAUUUUGCAGGAUAUUUAAAGGGUUUCCAGCUUAUUUAAUAAGGUGUACGCAACGAACUCCCAAGCAAGAACGACAUAUAUAUGUGACAGACGAUCGAGGUGAAGUGAGACAUAGGUUGAUCUUUUAGAAUGAAAUACCUCAGGUUGAUCUUUUAGAAUGAAAUACCCAUAACAAUUUUCUAUAACAAUUUUCACUUUAAUCCGGCCAUCCACAUAUAUACCCAUACUCCGUAUAUGCUUGUUUUGCGGAGGUGUGCAUGAGGAAUGUCGGGUAUCAACCCAUAAAAAGGCUUAGAUCCCGGAAGUAAGUCCACAUGCUCGAACCCUACAUCCUUUGCCGGUAUGACCCCAACCUACUUUGCCUCCUUACACGUACAUAAUACGUCGACGUACGUAAAUAAUAACCAGAAGCUAAGGCGGGUUAAUGAUGUAGGAUAUAUAUAUAUAUAUAUGAUGGUAUAAUUCAUUUUUAAACAUUGACUUUUUUGUAUUCAUAUUUAGGGAUGUUUCUGUUAAUUCUUUCUCAUUUUAUAGAAAAUACUGUUCACUUUUGGACUUCACUAAUUAAUUACGUAGUAUUUCUCAUUUUUCUUACAUUGAAAAUGUUUUUUUUUUCACUUUGGCUUUAAUUUCAUCUAUUACGUACUGUAUUUCGCGUUUUUAUAUCCAUAUUAAUUACGUCCAUUUUCUUCCCUUUUAAAGGUUUCAAUUGUUAAACAAAAGUAUACUCUUUAUUUUCUUAAAUCUCAUGACAUACCUAUACAUAUAUGAUAUAUACCUACUAGAAAAGUGAGAAGUGAUCUAAGCCCUUGAUUACUUAAAAAUGGAUGGUAUAGAUCAAAAGUCACGGCCAACCAAAAUGUGUAAUACAUAAUAGCAAAAGUGCAUAUGCAAUAUGUAAUGGUGCACAUUCAGCUACUAAAAAAAUAUCAGAAACAAUAGUUAUACUUCUUAUUUUUUUUUCUUAAAAAGUGAUGCACUUUUGUGUUAGUCUAAUGCACUUUUCCUCAGUAUUCAUGCACAUUUUUCACUCUAUUUUUUAAAAAACUUUUUGAUAAUUACACUUUUGGCACCGAAUUUUACCCUUAAAAAUUGAUCCCAUCCACUCAUUUUCUCAUCUUAACGGCUAAGAUUACUUCUUACUUUUCAUAUGAGGAGUACUUUUUAUUUGAACCUCCCUCUACCUACUUGUACAUCUAUAAAUGCAGGGGCGGAGCUAGAGCACUAGGCCGGACUGGGCCUAUACAAAGAAUAUUUUUUGAAAAUUUUUUACACGGAAUUUUUUACACUAAAAGUAUAGACAUUUUUAAAAUUUGGGCUGGGCCAGGGCCAGGGAUGGCCCUCCCCUAGCUCCGCCCAUGUAUAAAUGUGACUAUGUGAGAGUAUCUUAAUGAAAUUUGAGUUCUAUUAAUUACUUAAAUUAGCUUCUAUAUGUGGAAAGAAAUUCCACUUUUGGUCCUCUGAGUUUUGCACCAAUUCCACAAUUAGUCCACGUCUUUCACUUUAUCUAUUUUUGGUACCUGACUAUUGUUUUCUUGACCAUAUAUAGUCCUUUUCCGGUAGUAAAAAUGCCCAGAGAUGGACCGAAAAUGGUCAAAAAAAUAAUAGUCAGGUACCAAAACUCGGAGGAAAACCGAAAGUGAAAGACGAGUAUUAAAUAUGGAAACAACAUAAAGUGGAAUUAAUUCCUAUAUGUUGACUUGAGAGUAUAGCCCUCCAUAUAUAUGACUCCAUAUAUAUACUAUCGUAUAUGACUUCACCUUUUGGUCGGUUGGGCGCGAUAAUGAAGUGAUCAAUGAUGUACUUAUUUUGUACUCCGUAAUUGUUUGAAUUGUUUUGGGUAAAAGGAAUAAACACUAUUUCUAACUAUAUAUAUUGGAUACGAUUAUUGCAUUUGGAUACCUUUAAGUAUAAAAUGAAAUAAAUCAGUACUAUAUGUAUACACAAACGUUUCUACGGGUAAUAUUGUUCCAAUUUUCGGCUAAAGAAUCCUAUUCAAAGGGUGAAAUUUCAUACGAUAGUACAUAGAAUUUUAUUUGAUACCCUACAUAGAAUUUUUUGGAUGGAAAUUUGAAUAGCAUUAUUCGGUGAAACAUUCAUUUAAAUUAGAUAUAAUGAACAAGAAUAAUCUCAACUAUUAUUGAUCUGCUUGAAAUAAUUCAAAUUAAAGUAUCGGUUAUUCCAAAAUAAUCUCAACUAUUGAAAAAUCUUCUCAAAAUACUCCAAUGACUUAUAAUUAUCCUUAAUUAAACUUAUAUGCUCCGUAAUACUUAUGAGUGAGUGAAGUAUUUUGAGAAAAAAAUUCAACAGUUGGAAUUAUUUUGAAAUAAACAUAUUUCGAAUUAUUUCAAACAGAUCACUGAUAGUUGAGAUUAUUGUUGUUCACUGUUCCGAUCCUUUAUAUUAAAAGUAUCAAAUUUAAAUUUAAGAGCAUACUAGAGAUAAGCUGAUUCAAGGAGAUAUGUGGUGCUAGGACAUGUGUUCAAGAUCAGGAGGAGGAGGUUGGAGCGGCGGCGGCGGCGGCCCUGAUUCAAAGGCGCCAUGUGCAGCAUGCAAGCAGCUGAGGAGGAAAUGUACGGCGGAGUGCAAUUUCGCGCCAUACUUCCCGCCGGAGGAGCCUCAGAAGUUCGCCAAUGUGCACAGGAUCUUCGGGGCUAGCAACGUGAGCAAGCUGUUGAGCCACAUCCCAGCCCACCAGAGGCAGGACGCCGUCAACUGCCUUGCCUACGAAGCCGACGCUCGGGCCCGAGACCCCGUCCACGGCUGCGUCGGCGCCAUCUCCCUCCUCCACGCCCAGCUCCUUCACCUCCAGAAGGAGCUCGACGACGCCAACGCCGACUUGAUGCGAUACACAACCGCCGCCGCCGGUUUUGAUCAUCAAGAAAGUGCUACCCACGUUGUUGCUCAUGACAUCGUCAAUAACCAUCAACCAUAUGGAGGGAUGCCGCCUUUAUUUACGCCCGCCGCCGAUCAGUCAUCAUCAUUUGACCACUCCGAGGUUGAAGACGCUGCUGAUAUCUAGCUAGCAGCAUUGAUCGAUAUAAUAUGAGACUCACACGGCAGUGGAUCAACCUAAUUUAAUGAUGCAUAUCAUAUAUAGACUGUGUUUAAUUUUGUGAUAUACAACAAGCUAAGAUACGGAGUAAUAAUUAAGGAGUACGUAUUCGAAGUAAAAUACUACUCCCUCCCUCCGUCCCAUUUUACUUUGACCGAUUAUAUGUUUAUAUAGAGAAAAUAUUGAUAAUAUGAAAAUGAUAUGAAAAUGUUCUUUGCUAAAAUUCUAUCAUAAAAGUAUAAAAUUAUUAUAUUUUGCAUAAAUAUAUUAAUUAAAAUAAUUGGUCAAAUUUACCAUCUUGGACCAGAAAAGUCAGAGAUGGUUAAGUGUAAAUUGGGACGGAGGUAGUAUAAAAAGUAAAAAUAUACAUCCCUAAAUAAAAGACCAUUUAGGAUGUUUUGUUUUGGAGUGAGACUUACUCAUAUGGUUUAGUCUAAUCUGGUUUGGUCUGUUUCAAUUAUCGGGUCUGAAUUGGUCUGACAAAUAUAAUGUUUGGUCUCUGUGUUUUUAUAACUGUCCAAAGAUGUUUUCUUUUGGACUGAAAUUUGCCGGUCUGGUCUGGUCUGGUAAACGUCUGGUCUCUGUGUAUUUUAUAACUACGGAAGUCAAGUCUGGUCUGGUCUGAUAUGGUCUGGGACUGAAAACAGUCCAAAAAGGAAACAUCCCAAGUCUAAUCUAGUCUGGUCUGGUCUAGUCUGCUUAAGUCUGUUCUGGUCUGUUUUGAUAUGUUUAAGUCUGAUCUGGUCUUAUCUGGGACUGAAAAUAGUCCAAAAGAAAACAUUUUUAAUAUUAGUUGAUCAACUCCAAUAGUUUUUAUAGAAAUUGUUUUUUAAUCUUUUACUUUAUACUUUGCACAAAUAAGAUUACAUAUAUUUAUUUUCAAAAUAUGACUUAUUUGAUCAUACUCCUAUUAGGAGUGAAUAAAUCAUAUUUUAGGAAGAAAACAUUAAUAGUCUUAUAUGUGCACUUUGUCUAUGUUGUAG